CUUAUCAUCACUUGGAGCCAGUUUGAGUAUACUUGAGAGUCAAGAUGCAAUGGAGAUGAAACUGUCACAUCCGAAGAUCCAGCAGCUAAGCAGCAGUGUGAAGGCUCGUUUACAGUCGCAGAUCACCUUGAAUACCUAUGGAGCUGCAGUGAGAGAAGUGAUCCAGAAUAGUAUCGAUGCCGGUGCCUCUCAGAUUGAUAUUAAGUUGGACUUGGCGUCGUUGAGUUUUUGGGUGAAGGAUGAUGGGGUUGGGAUUCCUCCUGAUGAGCUCGAACGCAUUUGCCAGCGUUACUUCACUUCCAAGUUAAGACGCUUGGAAGAUUUGACUAGUAUAAAAACCUUUGGGUUUCGUGGGGAGGCUCUUCAUUCACUAGCAUCAAUGAGUAAUUUGACCAUCGUUUCGAAAAGAGCCGAUUUCAACUCUAGUUACAUUACGAGGUUUACUGGGGACGGAAACUCCAAUAUUGCUUUUCCCUUUGAUAUGAGUAAUAGGGAAGAAAACCCCGUCAAUGACUUCUUUUACUUUGAACCUUUCAGGUCAAGCGGGACCAUUGUGACUGCUUCAAGCUUAUUCCAGAAUAUUCCGGUAAGGCGAAACAAUAUGCUAAGGCUCCCCGAGUACAACUUGCUACAUGAAGUGAAGGAGGUUGUAUUGAAGAGCUUAAUUGACCAUCCGAAUGUUAGAAUUACAGUAUGGGAACUCAAUAAGGGUAGUCAGACCAGCAAGAAGGUACUUAAGGUUAACAGGGUUUUUGGGAACUUGAACUGGUAUUCGAAUUUAUUGACUUCGAUCUAUGGAUCCAGUCUAUUACCGACCCAUGAAGUUGUAAAUGCCUCAUUCAAAGACAUCAAAAUGCAUGGAGUUAUUGGGCUCCAACCUAAUCAGUCUCGAAAGUACCAGUAUAUUUCAAUCAACGGGAGACUGGUUCAAGUAUCAGAAGAGGAUUCAAAAACGAUAAAUAAGAUAUUUGUUGGAUGCAACUUUGGCGGUCAGCAGUUAAACUUAACUGACUUCACAGAUCAUAAAAAAAGAGUUAGCUCAGUUGGGAAACCGUUUAGCAAGUAUCCGGUAUUCUUGAUUAAUUUUGAAUGUAAAACGCAGUCUGGUGACUUACUACAGGAUCCUUCAAAGACGAUUGUUCACCCUCGACAAUGGCGGGUAUUAUUCAAAAUGCUUAAUAAAGUCUUUAUCAGCUUUCUUAAGCACGCUGGUUAUGAUUUACAGCUUAAUCGAAAAGUAAUAAGCUCGCCAACCCCCAGCCCCACGAAACGUAUGCUGGAAGAACCAACCGAUAUCCUGCCUUUGAAGAGAAGCUCUGCAGCUUCCCGCUUUAUACUUAACUCUAAUUCCAGAUUUGGAUCCAUAAAGUCCGACGAGAUAAGGGGGAUGCUACUGAAUAGCGAUCGUCCAGGAUAUUUUUACAAGCCAGUUAAUAUAAAAUCUUCAAAAACGAACGAAUCCCACCUUACAGCAUCAAUAUCUUGUCAUUUGCACAAAUGCUCGGAAGAUGAUGAUAUAAGAAGAAUCAACACAAUGUCGGAAUACCCUGAUGCUGUUGAUUUGGAAAACAUUUCUUUGAAAAAAGAAUGUCUCCACGAAGACAACUGUCGGGUGGUACUGCAAUUAUAUAAGAAAUUCAUUUUGGUUGUUAUUGAGUCGGAAGGGACCAAGAAUUUAAUGAUCAUUGACCAGCAUGCAUGUGACGAAAGAAUCAAAGUUGAAAACUUGUACAUGACUUUUCUCCAUCAGGUUUAUGACACUGAUUUAAGAGUGAAACUAGCCCAGCCGUUUGAUCUCUCAGUACCAGGAGAGGAAAUCGAGUACUUAACGGCGUUCAGACCAAACUUCAACAGCUUUGGCAUUGACUUCGAAACUCAUGAAACAGAUGGCCGAGUACAUAUUACUCAUUUGCCUGAAUUACUUAUUGAAAAAAUUGCUAACGACGCUCAGUUCUUACGAGCUAGUAUUUUACAGCACGUCUGGGAUUUAGCACUACACCGCAAAUCAGCAAAACUCACUGGGUCUCCUGCCGACUGGUUUCAAAAAAUCAAAGAUUUGCCUGGUAUAAUCGUGGAAGUUAUCAACUCAAAAGCAUGUCGAUCGGCAAUCAUGUUCGGAGACUUGUUGGAAAUGAAAGAUAUGCAAAACAUGGUCAAAUGUUUGCAUCGUUGCCAAUUGCCUUUCCAAUGUGCUCAUGGGAGACCUACCAUCACUCCUUUGGCUGAUUUAUCAAAGCAGAAUUAGCAACUUUGUAGAAAUAAUGAAGUAAUGAAUUUAAUUGCAAAAUUUAUGUAUUUUGUUCGCUAUAAAAAAAAAACCUUAACAUUUUCAAG